AUGGUUCACUUCUGCUUCGAUCACAACAUUAAGGUCUUCCCAAUGCCUCCCCAUCUUACACAUCAGCUUCAACCUCUUGAUGUCGGCGUUUUUAGGUCAUACAAACACUGGCAUCAACAAGUUCUACAUCGUGAGAUUGCUGACGGGGCAUAUGACUUUAACAAGUCCGAUUUUCUAUAUCAUCUCCAAGAGGUCCGCACUCGCACCUUCAAAAAGCACACAAUUCUCUCAUCUUGGCAGAAAUGUGGCCUCUUCCCAUUCAAUCCCGGGAUCGUGCUCUCCCAGCUUCAAGACACGCUCUCGUCGCUCACAGAAGAAGUGGCCAUUAAGGACCUGCCGGGCUCGAUCGAAAGCGAGCCUCAGGGCGGGCCUCAGGCAGCAAGACCAUCAACACCAUCGCCACACACGCCGCCCUCGAUUCAACGAUUCAACUGGAACAAUGUUUCAACGCCGAGACUCAACCUCUCUACGAUUCAGAGGUAUCACGCCUACGUACAGCUUCAAGGCGCGGAAAGCCGACAAAACCUCGCUCUCAACGGCAUCACCGCAACGGCCGAGAUGACGAAGAUAAAAGAGAAACAAGCCAAGCGCUCCAGUCUCCAGCAACAGACAACUAUUGUAGCGAGAUACGGCCCAUUAAGCGUCGGUGACGCUAGAAUUCGAGUCGCCCGAGACGAAUACAAUAGACAAGCGGCACAAGAAGAGGAGGCACAGAGAGUCAGGAAUAAGGAGGUUCGCGACGAAGCUGGCUAUAUACGCCGCUGGCUUCGCAAGGUACGCUUCAACGUCAGGAUUAGCAUCACAGAGGCGAAGAUUCGAGACAUCAGAGGUCUCUGGGCCAGGGCGACAAGCGCGCACACCUCAAUUGCAAUGAGUGGAUGUGCGCAAGCUACAGGAUUCUCCGCGAGCUACACAACCGCGGCGUAG